AUAAUGAAUUGUUUAGCGAUGAAGCUUCUGAAUAUGAAUCUUUAGGCAGUGAACUUUCAGGUGCUGAUUCUUCAAAUAAUGAAUCUCCAAGUAGUCAAUCUUCGAGUGAUGAAAAUGAUUGGGUAGAUGAACUCUUUGAAUCCAAGUCAAACGCAUAUACUUUAAUGUUUGAUGCUGCCAAUAAACCUAAUGCAUUUGAAAAAACUUCUCGAAAUGGAUUUUAUAUUGGAAAUGCAAAAUCAACUAUUAUUAAUAAUAGCAAAAAUUCUUCUGAAGAAGAAACUUCUAAAUACACAUUGUCUGAAUUAGAACAAAAAAUAAAAAAUGAAAUACAGGAUCUUCGGCUUCAAUAUACUGCACAAUACCUUCGGCUUGUAAAAUCAGGACUUACUAGAGCACAAGCAAGUAAUACAAUUUCAACUUCGCUCAAUCAUGGACCUUGGACUGCACGUUUAAUAAGAACUUGGGGUAAUCAAUAUACAAAAACUGGUACAAUUCAAGCUUCAAAACGGGGAAAACAUCAAAAAAUCCAGUCACUUUUACUUGAUGAAGAUAUUAAAAAUAAGCUUCUUGAAUAUUUAAGCUUUCAUAAGUUUAAAUUAAGCAUUCCUAAUCUUUGUGACUAUGUUCGUGAUGAAAUAUUUUCAAGCGUCAGAAUUGAAACAGGAAAAACUAUUAAAUUUAAACCAUAUCAAAAGGAUAUAUAUGUUAAUGGCCAUGAACGAUUGGAUGUUGUAGAGUAUCGUUGUAGUUUUUUAGAUUGUAUGGCACAGUAUGAGUUAUUAAUGCCAGAUUGGUCUGAUGAUUUAACACAACAAAUCAAUCCAGUUCUUCCUGCUGAAGAAAGGUUACAUAUACUAGUAACAUAUGAUGAAUCAGUAUUUUAUGCAAAUGAUGGUCAAAGGGCAUUUUGGGCACCUAUUGGUGAACAACCGUUACAUCCAAAAUCAGCUAGGGGUAGUAUAAUGCAACAAAAUAAUAGUCUUCCAUUUGAACAACAAAUUCCUACUGAAGCCUGUUGUAUUAUUCACCCUGAUAAUAAUUGUGACGAUUACUGGACAAUUAGUGAUGUAGUGCAGCAAUUAAAAAACAAGGCAAUUCCAAUAUUUGAAGCAAUGCAUCCUGGUUGCGUAGCCGUUUUUGCUUUUGAUAAUAGCAGUAACCAUGCUGCAUUCGCUAAUGAUGCUUUAGUAGUUUCAUGA